UUUAACAUAACCCUCCAACUCCCCUCUCCCUAUCCACCUCCCACCACAUCUUAUAAUACCUACACCCUCUUACACUCCCUCCAUUGUUGCAGAGAUCUGGUAGAAAAUGAGAAGCCAUGGAUCAUCAUGUUCGUACGAGGAGGAGGCCAUGGACAAGGAGGAUGAACACAAAGUGAAGAAGAAGAAGAAGGAACACCAAAACAAAGUUGCUUUUUAUAAGCUUUUUGCUUUUGCUGAUUGUUAUGAUUAUUUUCUCAUGGCUUUUGGUUCCAUUGGAGCUUGUCUUCAUGGUGCUUCUGUUCCUGUCUUCUUCAUCUUCUUUGGGAAGCUUAUUAAUAUCAUUGGUAUGGCUUAUCUCUUUCCCGAAGAAGCUGCUCCAAAAGUUGCCAAGUACUCUUUGGAUUUUUUAUACCUAAGUGUGGCUAUACUAUUCUCAUCAUGGGCAGAGGUGGCUUGUUGGAUGCAUAGUGGAGAAAGGCAAGCAGCCAAAAUGAGAAUGGCUUAUUUAAGAUCAAUGUUGAGUCAAGAUAUUAGCCUCUUUGACACUGAAGCUUCAACCGGUGAAGUCAUUGCUGCUAUUACCAGUGAUAUUGUUGUUGUUCAAGAUGCCAUUUCCGAAAAGGUGGGGAACUUUUUGCACUAUAUAAGCCGGUUUAUAUCAGGGUUUAUCAUUGGAUUUGUGAGGGUAUGGCAAAUCAGUCUUGUCACAUUAUCUAUUGUUCCCUUGAUUGCACUUGCUGGUGGUCUCUAUGCUUUUGUCACCAUUGGACUUAUUGCCAAAAUAAGAAAAUCCUAUGUCAAGGCUGGUGAGAUUGCUGAAGAGAUUCUAGGAAAUGUAAGAACAGUUCAAGCAUUUGCUGGGGAAGAAAGGGCUGUAGGAUUAUACAAAGGAGCUCUCAGAAAUACCUACAAGUAUGGAAGAAAAGCAGGGCUGGCUAAGGGACUUGGCCUGGGAUCCAUGCAUUGUGUACUUUUCUUGUCAUGGGCUCUGCUUGUGUGGUUUACCAGCAUUGUUGUUCAUAAGGGCAUUGCCAAUGGUGGAGACUCCUUCACCACAAUGCUUAAUGUUGUCAUUUCUGGCCUGUCACUUGGGCAGGCUGCACCAGAUAUUUCUGCCUUCGUUCGAGCAAAGGCAGCAGCGUAUCCUAUUUUUCAGAUGAUAGAAAGAAACACAGUUAGCAAAAGCAGCUCCAAAACUGGUCGGAAACUAAACAAGCUCGACGGUCAUAUUCAAUUCAAGGAUGUCAGUUUCAGCUAUCCUUCUCGUUCAGAUGUAAUUAUAUUUAAUAAGUUAUCUCUCGAUAUUCCUGCGGGCAAGAUUGUAGCUCUUGUAGGAGGAAGUGGGUCAGGAAAGAGCACGGUCAUAUCUUUGAUCGAACGGUUCUAUGAACCGAUUUCUGGAGAGAUUCUACUAGAUGGUAAUAACAUCAAGGAGCUGGAUCUCAAGUGGCUUAGGCAGCAAAUUGGUCUGGUCAAUCAAGAGCCUGCCCUCUUUGCUACGAGCAUUAGGGAGAACAUUCUAUAUGGAAAAGAUGAUGCAACACUCGAGGACAUCACACGUGCAGCAAAACUUUCUGAGGCAUUGUCGUUUAUAAACAAUCUCCCUGAAAGAUUCGAAACUCAGGUUGGUGAAAGAGGGGUCCAAUUAUCUGGAGGACAAAAGCAAAGGAUUGCAAUAUCUCGUGCAAUUGUUAAAAAUCCAUCGAUCCUCCUGUUGGAUGAGGCAACCAGUGCUCUAGAUGCAGAAUCCGAGAAGAGUGUUCAAGAAGCACUCGAUCGUGUCAUGGUUGGUCGAACAACUGUUGUGGUUGCUCAUCGUCUAUCUACCAUAAGGAAUGCAGAUGUGAUUGCUGUCGUUCAAGAGGGGAAAAUAGUUGAAACUGGAAGCCAUGAUGAGCUCAUUUCAAACCCGGACAGUGUUUAUGCAUCACUUGUACAGUUUCAAGAAACGGCAUCUCUGCAACGCCAUCCUUCGAUUGGACAGUUGGGUCGACCACCAAGUAUAAAGUACUCGCGAGAAUUAUCUCGCACAACAACAAGCUUUGGUGCGAGUUUUCGCUCUGAGAAAGAAUCUCUGGGACGGAUUGGAGUUGAUGGAAUGGAAAUGGAGAAACCGAAGCAUGUUUCAGCAAAAAGACUUUACUCCAUGGUCGGACCGGAUUGGAUGUAUGGAGUCGUUGGCAUCAUUGGAGCGUUCGUUACAGGAUCCCAGAUGCCCCUUUUUGCUCUUGGGGUCUCUCAGGCUCUUGUUGCUUUUUAUAUGGACUGGAAUACAACUCAACAUGAGAUCAAGAAGAUUUCAUUGCUUUUCUGUGGUGGUGCAGUUUUAACCGUCAUUUUUCAUGCAGUCGAGCAUCUCUGUUUCGGAAUUAUGGGAGAGCGACUCACUCUUCGAGUUCGAGAAAAGAUGUUCCAUGCUAUGUUGAGAAACGAGAUAGGUUGGUUCGAUGAUAUAGACAACACGAGUGCUAUGCUUUCAUCACGCCUAGAAACUGAUGCAACUUUGUUACGAACUAUAGUUGUCGACCGCUCGACAAUUCUUCUGCAGAAUCUAGCUUUGGUCGUUGCAUCGUUCAUCAUUGCGUUCAUAUUGAAUUGGAGAAUCACUUUAGUUGUCCUGGCUACUUAUCCAUUGAUCAUUAGCGGUCACAUUAGCGAGAAACUUUUUAUGCAAGGCUAUGGUGGAAAUUUGAGUAAAGCAUACCUGAAAGCCAAUACACUGGCCGGUGAGGCAGUUGGCAAUAUUAGAACUGUUGCUGCAUUUUGUUCCGAGGAGAAGGUCCUCGAUCUAUAUGCUAAGGAGCUUGUUGAGCCCUCGAGACGUUCACUUAAACGUGGACAGAUUGCUGGCAUAUUCUACGGUGUCUCGCAGUUCUUCAUCUUUUCAUCUUAUGGUUUAGCCUUGUGGUACGGUUCGGUCUUGAUGGGACGGGGGCUUGCUAGCUUCAAAUCUAUUAUGAAAGCAUUCAUGGUUUUGAUAGUAACAGCAUUAGCAAUGGGUGAGACUUUGGCACUAGCCCCUGACCUUUUAAAGGGAAAUCAGAUGGUGGCAUCAGUGUUCGAGGUGAUGGAUCGACAAACAGAGGUGUCGGGCGAUGUCGGUGAAGAGCUAAAUGUCGUGGAGGGUACCAUUGAGCUGAAGAACGUCGAGUUCAGCUAUCCAUCAAGACCAGAUGUUUUGAUCUUCAAAGAUUUCAAUCUUAAAGUGAGAUCAGGCAAGAGUAUAGCCUUAGUUGGGCAAAGCGGCUCAGGGAAGAGCUCUGUUCUAGCCCUUAUACUGCGUUUUUACGAUCCGAUAGCUGGGAGGGUGAUGAUUGACGGAAGAGAUAUCAAAAAACUGAAGGUCAAAUCUCUGAGAAAGCACAUAGGUCUUGUCCAACAAGAACCGGCUCUUUUUGCCACAUCGAUUUACGAGAACAUUCUUUACGGGAAAGAAGGAGCUUCCGAAGCCGAAGUAUUCGAAGCAGCAAAGCUCGCCAACGCACAUACCUUCAUCAGUGCUCUCCCUGAAGGCUACUCAACAAAAGUCGGUGAAAGAGGGAUCCAACUCUCAGGUGGGCAACGACAGAGAAUAGCCAUUGCACGAGCAGUCCUGAAGAACCCGGAAAUCCUACUACUUGACGAAGCCACAAGCGCUCUCGAUGUCGAAUCAGAACGCGUCGUUCAACAAGCCUUAGAUAGACUGAUGAAGCACAGAACAACUGUGGUGGUUGCUCACAGGCUUUCCACCAUUAAAAAUUGUGACCAAAUCUCAUUGAUCCAAGAUGGUAAGAUAGUAGAACAAGGGACUCAUUCAAGCCUUUGUGAGAACAAGAAUGGAGCUUAUUACAAGUUGAUCAACAUCCAACAACAGCAACAACUACAGUGAACCAGACAUCCAUGUUACAUAGGACAACCAAACAAGUCUUGUUAAAACAUUUUCUAUUGGGUGCUUAAUAUUUAGUUUUUAUUUUACUCUCUCAUAGUUAUUUAUUUAUUUAUUGAACAUUUGUUUCCACAUUAUGUACAUUGAAGUGCUUGUUUAUCUCUGAUAAUAAAGGAUAAUACAUAAUAGAGAAUGGCUUCAAACACUA